AUUCGACGAACUGCGAUUUGCGCAUGCGCUUUUUAAUUAUUAGAUUCCAAGCUAACAUCGCAGCAGAAAUAAAACCUCAGUGAAGUACCGUAAAGCGUCGAAACGAGAGUAUUCACGCUUUUAAUUAUUGCAUUAUUAAACGAAAUACAAUAUUUCAGCCAUCAUGUGGAAGAUUGGAGCUUUAGUAGGAUUGCUCUUGAUAAGCUCAUGUACAGCAAAUUUUUGUUACAGUGAUGUAGAAUCGGCAUGUAACACUCGGGAAUCUAUGGGCGAAAACCCGACACUCGCCAAUUGUAAUGCUCAAUAUGGAGCCAUAAACCAUCUAUUAACUGAUCUCCAAGCCUACGUUAGCGCUCACAUUGACACAAGUUUUGAAUAUUUACUUAUGUCAUCUCAUUUUGGUAAUUAUGAUUCUAAUCGUGAUGGAUUCAAAGGCUUUUUCCGUAAAAUGUCUGAUAAAGCAUGGGAAAAUGCCAUUGACUUGAUCAAGUUUAUCACCAAGAGAGGAGGAAAAAUGAACUUCAAUGUCCUACCAAGAAUCAAGAGAAGCGACAAAAAUCUCGUAUUAGAACUUCCUGAGAUCAACAGCUUGGCUAGAGCCCUUGAUACUGAAAAACAGAUGGCUAAUGAAGCAUUACAUAUUCAUAACAUCGCUGAACAUCACGCAAAUAAACAUGAUGCUUCAGUUUCUCACUAUAUAGAGGAGAAAUUCAUCGAACCUCAAGCAGAAACUAUAAGAACUUUGGCAGGACAUACAAAUGAUUUAAAACGUCUCCUAUCUGACAAUGAUGCUGCUGUAUCAUUAUUUAUGUUCGAUGAGUAUUUAAAAAGUACUUUGUAAUUAAUUAUAAUUUGAAUAUAUUUAAAUGAAAUAAAUACAUUAGAUUAUUUCAA